GAUAGUCAGAAUUUGGGACUCCUCCUCCUCCAUCCACAUACUAUUCAUGACUUUUCUUGUAAUACAACAACUUCAAAGUUUAAUAAUUCACCAUAAAUGCAUACAUAAUAGCUGCUACUACAUUACUAGUUACUAGAUAUAGAUAGUUAUACCAAAGUUUCUUUUUCAUAACAAACAAGCAUGAGCGAGAUAGUGGAAGAAGAAGAAGAAGAAGAAGAUAACUCUUCACAGUUGUACUUGAAUGAUGCUUUCACUAUGGCAACAAUCAGUGAAGAAAAUGAAGUUGAAGAUACUUUUUAUGUAGCUGUUGGUAAGAGCAAGAGUAGCUUCCAAGCUCUCUCAUGGACUCUCAACAACUUGGUUAUUACUCCAUCUUCUACCUUACUUUAUCUCAUUCAUGUUUUCCCUCAGAUUAACCACAUUCCUAAUCCUUUGGGAGUGGGAAUGGUUCCGAAAGACCAAGUGAGUGAUGAUCAAGUAGAGAGCUAUGUAGCUCAAGAAAGAGGUAAGAGGAGAGAGCUUCUUCACAACUUCAUCCAAUCAUGUUCUGCUUCUAAGGUUCAAGUGGACACCAUCCUUAUUGAGAGUGACUUCAUUGCCAAGGCUAUCAUUGAUCUUAUUCCCAUUCUUCAAAUACAAAAUCUAGUGAUUGGAGCCAACAACUCCCAAUUAAGAAAAAUAAGAUCAAGGAAAGGGAAUGGCAUAGCUGAUCAGGUACUUCAAAAUGCACCAGAAAUAUGCAAAGUGAGAAUUAUAUGUGAUGGAAAAGAAGUAAAUGAACAAAUAGCUCGUUGCAUUGCUAAUACUAAUGCUAAUGCUAAUGAUACUUCCAAGUCCAAGAAGAAAGAUCAGAAAAAUGAGGUUUCAUCACUUUCAUGUGUUUGUUUUAACUUUUAAGUAUAAGUUUACACAUAUGUGACUGUGAAUUGCAGCAUAACCUUUGGUUUUAGAUUUUAGCCAAUGAAAGAUCAACAUGGUAGUCCUUAUUACAUAACUAAGAAAUGGGACACUACAAUAGUAUGCCAAUGAUGUUAAAGGAAAUGGGAGACUAGUGUUUUGUACCAUGAUUCUAAUGAAGAAACCUCACAAGGUGCCACAAGAUUCAAUUCUUGAAUCAUACACUUUUUUAGUGAAGUCAAACUCAUUACAUCAUACUUAAA